CCAUUUGGUGAAUGGUGAUGCCCACAGUACAGAGAGAGCGACAGAGUAAUCUUUGAACAAGUAAAUAAAGGAGACAAGACGAGUGAGAAGAACACCACCUCCCAAACAAAAUCUUUGAUUCGUGCCUUCCAGUUUUUGCUUUGAUUCUUCAUUCGAAUUCCUCUCUCUCUCUCUCUCUCUCUCUCUCUCUCUGUAAUUUGUUUUCAUUUUCUCAUCGCUCACCCGAGUCACCAAAGCGUGGUUAAAUAAUCUAGAGGUUAUUUCAUCCACGAUUGGUUUUAGGUCAGAACCCUCCAAAAAAACGAACAGUCUCGAGCCGCCAAGUGCCACUGCAGAUUUACGAGGAUGACAGCUUCAAGGCUGAUGUUUUGGUCUUCGGGGAAUGAAUGAAUAACAAGUCCUCUUAAUUCUGGUUUCUUCUGAAAGCAAAGAUAGCAGGGUCUGAGUUUUGGCGUUUCUGAAGUUUGUCGCACUUUUAGUAAGUCUAUGAUUGCAUGCAGGCUAAUAGCCCAUUUUUUGUGUGGUCAAGGUUGAGUAUGGGAGCACGGCAGAGGGUUUUUAUAUGGGUUCUCAAAUGUUAUUUCUCUCUCCAUUUUUUGCAAGUAAAUGCAAAAUUUCGAUUUUGGAGAAUGAAUGACGAUAUAGAACCCGAGGCAUUGCUUCCGAGUUGGGUUAGCAAGAGUCCCUUUGAGAUGACAAAAUCUAUUCUCUUUAUGGUCUCUUGCCUUCUUACUGGCUUAAUUGGGAUCCUGACCAUUGCCUACACUGCCUUCCAAUGGAGAAGAAACCUCAACUUGAGUUGGAUGAAAGCCAUAGCCAGGUCAAAGGAAACCCCCAAUGCAAACAAUAAGGUUCCUGUUGCUCCUCAUUCAUGGAUGUCAGAAUCCAUGUCUAGAGGAAAAAGUUUAAACUGCUGUGUAUGCUUUGUGUCAGUGUCUCCCUCUCAAGCUGACGGACCAAAUGUGGCCUCAGACACUUUUCUACACUCCUGUAGCAUAUGUGGUGUGGUAGCGCACCUGGGCUGCUCUGCGAAUGUAAACAAGAAUUGCAAGCGUGUGUCCAUGGUUGGGUAUGGGCAUGUGAUGCACCAAUGGGCUGUCCGGCAGACUGAGGGCACAGAUCAAGCUGAUGAAUCUUCUUUUUGUAUAUAUUGUGAAGAGCCUUGCAGUGGGUCUUUCCUCGGGGCAUCUCCCAUAUGGUGUUGCUUGUGGUGUCAACGGCUUGUACAUGUUGACUGCCACAGUAGCAUGUCCGCAGAAACAGGUGAUAUCUGCAAUUUGGGUCCAUUAAAAAGGCUGGUUUUAUCCCCACUUUUUGUUAAACAGUUGAAACGUACUUCCUCUGGUAAAAUUUUGAGGUCAAUCACAUUUGGAGCUAGUGAAAUUGCAUCUUCUGUGCAUGCUACUAUUAGGAGUCAAAGCAAGAAGCAUACAUGGGUAAAUGAAGUUUUUUCAGAUGCAGUCAGCCCUACAUCCGCAGAAAGUACAGCUGAAACCCAUUACACAGUCGGUGGUUCUCCUAGAAAGGAGGAAAGUAAAAAUAUCAACACAAAUAUUAAUAGUGCAGAUCAGCAACAAGAUGGUGAUACUGUGAAAAUAUUGGAUUCUAAGACUAUUUUGAAAAGAAGUUCAUCAGUCAGCCAAAAGGGUGAGUCUCAGAUUGCCGGAUCAAAACACAGAUACGAGUUGAUUGAUUUGCUACCAGAUGCAAGACCCUUGUUAGUUUUCAUUAACAAGAAGAGCGGGGCUCAGCGAGCAGAUUCACUCAGGCAAUAUUUGAACAUGCUAUUGAAUCCUGUUCAGGUUUUUGAGUUGAGUUCGUCUGAAGGGCCUGAAGUUGGUCUCUACUUAUUCAAGCGAGUGCCCCACUUCAGAAUUCUUGUAUGCGGAGGAGAUGGUACAGUUGGCUGGGUUCUGAAUGCCAUAGACAAACAAAAGUUUGUAUCUCCUCCUCCAGUUGCGAUUCUUCCUGCGGGAACAGGAAAUGACUUGGCCAGAGUUCUUUCUUGGGGAGGUGGUUUGGGUUCAGUAGAAAGACAAGGUGGCCUUUGCGCAAUGUUACACCACAUAGAUCAUGCUGCGGUAACGAUUCUUGAUAGAUGGAAGAUUGCAAUUCUAAAUCAGCAGGGAAAAAAGCUUCAACCACCCAAAUUUAUGAACAACUACCUUGGCGUUGGGUGUGAUGCAAAGGUUGCCCUGGAAAUCCAUAAUUUAAGGGAGGAGAACCCGGAAAAGUUCUAUAACCAGUUUAUGAACAAAGUUCUUUAUGCAAGAGAAGGCGCUAAGACUAUAAUGGACAGGACAUUUGAAGAUUUUCCUUGGCAAAUUAGGUUGGAGGUGGAUGGAGUGGAGAUAGAAGUCCCUGAGGAUGCAGAAGGUGUUCUUGUAGCUAAUAUUGGAAGCUAUAUGGGUGGAGUAGAUUUGUGGCAUAAUGAGGAUGAAACUCAUGAUAAUUUUGAUCCGCAGUCUAUGCAUGAUAAGGUGCUGGAGGUUGUAAGCAUAUCAGGGACGUGGCAUCUUGGAAAACUUCAGGUGGGGCUUUCACGGGCUCAAAGGCUUGCCCAAGGGCAGUCAAUUAAGAUUCAGCUUUUCGCUGCAUUGCCUGUUCAAAUAGAUGGGGAACCUUGGUUUCAUCAGCCAUGUAAACUGACCAUUUCUCACCAUGGGCAGGCCUUCAUGUUAAAGAGAGCAGAAGAGGAGCCCCUUGGUCAUGCGGCAGCCAUUAUAACUGAUGUACUUGAGAAUGCUGAAACAAACCGUGUGAUUACUGCAUCACAAAAACGAUCUCUUCUUCAAGAAAUGGCCCUGAAACUGUCCUAACGUCAUGCCUAUCAACACCAUCACUGGAUAGCAUUCAGGGAUUGAGCUGCAGCGCUUAUUGGGAGAGUUUCUUAUCCUUUCAUCAUUUAUAUUACUGUUCCUCUCUGUUUUGUUUUUUUUUUUUUUGAACAGCAAAUAAAAUCUUAUUAUCAUAAAGAUAAAAGAAUGAGAUCAUUAGAGCCGUUCCUAUCUAUUUCAUGUGUAUCUUUUGAAUAAUACUCAGUGGCAGUGCUGCAAGCCCAAGCGGGUUGUAUGUGGAUCAUGAUUAAUAGAAUAAUCAAGAGGGAGUUUUGACGCAGCUUUUGAGGUUUUUCAAGGUUGAAAUCCGGUGCUACUUACACCAACGAAAGAAGGGUUUACUGUUAAUGUUGAGGACACAUUUUAUGAACAACACAGAGCGAGCACUACCUUAUGGCCUCUCUACUUGUUCAACAACAGAAGCCAGCGUUUGAUCUUUUCCCAAAGCCAUAUCGCAAAUCCUCUGGGACACCUUGCAUCAGCCGAAGCAGUGUCCACGACCCACCUGGACGUGAUUCUCCUGGGAGUCUUUGCGCCGCCUUCUGUAAAUCCGGUCACGGGCUUGGCUGGGGACUUUGGAAAGUCCCCAACGGUUGGUUGGAUUGCUAAACAAGAUUCAGCUGCCCAAAGACUCCCAAUAGGGCGACAAAGGGCCAUUUGACCCUUGAAUGGCUUUGUUGAGUUGCUUCAUUACGGCUUGGAGCUCAAACGAGUCAUAUGGGGUACUUCCAUUGUGGUUUGUUCUCACUUUCCAUAUAGGCCUCUGGACACCAGCUGAAGAAUGAGCUGCCUUUUGCUUGUUCUUUUUUGUUUAAACCGUCAUUCAUCUUUAUGGAGGUUUGUUUAUGGAGGUUGCAGAAAUUCGUGAGUUGAGUUGGUUUUGAUUUUGGGUUUAGAGAUGGGAUUUUGAGUAUAUAGAGAUUGCUUGAGUUGAGUUA